ACUGAACAUUUAACUUGCACUCUACUAUACCGUAUUACAAUUGCUCUUCUUCCAUGUGAUUGUACACAUACAGCAUCGUUUAAUUAUUGACUAGCCAUUUAUUAAUCUUUUACUUAUUACUGGUAUCAAACUACGAGAUAAUUAUCAUGCUUCAUGCACUUACAACAGCGUUAACAAAAAAUACGUGCUGAGUUUCAAUAUGCAUGAGGCGAGGAGCAGAGGCAGCAGAGGGACAUUGGACUCCUAUUGAAGGCUUUCAAGAGAUCCUGUAACAGUGGUGAAUCCUUCUCUUUCAUAACCGAAAUGCCUACCAGACUUCACCACAACAGAAAGAAGCGUGGACACGUCUCAGCCGGUCACGGUCGUAUUGGCAAGCACAGAAAGCACCCUGGUGGUCGUGGUCUCGCUGGUGGUCAACAUCAUCACCGUAUCAACAUGGAUAAGUACCAUCCCGGUUACUUUGGUAAGGUCGGUAUGCGUCACUUCCACUUGAAGAAGAACCCCAACUGGCGUCCUGUUGUCAACAUUGACAAGCUCUGGACUCUAGCCGGUGAAGGUGUUCGUGAAAAGUACAAGAACACCGAAAAGGUUCCUGUUAUCGAUGUUCUUGAAAAGGGUUACGGUAAGGUUUUGGCUAAGGGUGUCAUCUCUCAACCCGUCAUUGUCCGUACUCGUUUCGUCUCUGCUCUCGCUGAAAAGAAGAUCAAGGCUGCUGGUGGUGCCAUCGAGCUUAUUGCUUAAGCGAUUUCCCUCAAUCAAAUAUCUUUUUACAACGACCUAUAUAACUUUUUUUACUACAGCAAAAGUAAAAUAAAACCAACAGAAAUAAAUUGUCUUUACAUUUUUGAUUUUUGUACAUAGUCAAACAUUUUAUAUCUGGUUAACCGAAGCAUGUUGUUUUCAA